AGGUUGAGCAAAAUAAUUGUAAAGGAAGAAGUUGCCGAGUUUUGUUUUGCCUCAACGUUUCUCUUUUCCCUUUUCCUCUGACUAUUUCUCUCUCUCUCAAAGCCUUUUCGUACAUUCCAUGGCCAAAUCCGCCGCCCAAAUAACCUACCCACCGCCGUCGCCGUCACUCUCAAAUCUCCGCCACAGAGCCUUUAUUCCCUCCUCCCCCAUGCCUCCGCCAAACGGCACCGUUUCCGGCGUUUCCCCUCCUCCACCGCCAUCUCCAAUUAACUUGAGGCUCCUCUCCUUCAAGUCCUCUUCUCAAUCCUACACCUCUCUCAAGGACAUCCUUCCCUCCGCCUCCGCCGCCGUCAACUCUCCCACCGCCGCUUCCCCUGCUAACUCCGGCUAUGAAAUCUCCAUCCGCAACCGCCUCGUUAAGCAAGCCGCUUGGGCCUAUCUCCAACCUAUGUCCGCUUCUUCCUAUUCCGCCGGCCCCAACUUCUUCCACCGUUUCUGGCUCCGUUUCUCUACUGCAAAUCCGAUCUACGGUUGUCUCGGAUUCAUUAGAGGCACUAUCAUUCCGGCUAUAAUCCGAGUCUUUCGGUUCUGCAUUUGCUUGUGACGACGUCGUUUUCUCGAAUUUUGGAUUGGCGUAUUGACGACGACGACGACGACGACGACUUCAGCCGCUGUAAUUGACCUAGAUCGAUUUGAUUCCGCUGUAUAAAUUGCUUAUUAUUCUCAAUUUCAUACACAAGUUUGCAAUCCAAUCCCUAAGGAGAAAUGAUUUUCCAAGUA